AUGAGUGCUGCAAGACCUCUGAUAGAGGCAGAACAAUCAGAGGAUCCUGUUGGGGCAGAAGCUCUUCCGGACGCACACGAAAUCAUUGACAAGCUCUUUGUGGGAAGUGCCGAUGCGGCAGUAGAAGCUACAACCGGCCCCAACUCUCGGGGUAUUGGCUUUAUACUUGACGUAGCUGGCUCGGUGACCCCGGCCAUUUUUGCAGCUUUGGCUAGUGCCUUAGCUGAGGAGCAGAGCCGUAGUGAAGAUCAGGAAGAAGCUGAGCAGAUGCCUAUGGGCCGAAGCCCCAUGCGGACAGAGCCCUACAUCCUCAAUGGCAUCGAGACCAUGUCGAUUCCUCUAGAUGACCAUGGGCGAACCGAGCUGUCUGAGGAGCUUCGGGGGCGUUGGUUCGACUUUAUUGAGGCCGGCCUCGUGCGCGGAAAAGUAUUGGUCCACUGCCGCCUGGGAGUGAAUCGAAGUGUGACUGUGGUGGCAGCUUUUUUGAUACAGCGCCGGGGCUUUACACCGGAAGAGGCCCUAGAGCUGUUGGUUCAGAGGAGGCCUUGCGCUGACCCUGUGACGGCGUACCGCGCCCAGCUGAAGCUGCUAGCUCCGGGCCGUGUGCGUGAAGUGUAA